GGCUCGGUGCUGGCGUCCGUAUUCCUGUUCAUGGCCGAGACGAUGGCGGCUCUUUACCUGAGCAGCACUUACCGCUCAGGCGGCGACGGCAUGUGGCAGUCCCUGACGCUGCUCUUCUCGCUGCUGCCCUGUGCGCUCGUGCAGCUCACCCUCCUCUUCGUGCACCGCGACUUCAGCCGCGACCGGCCGCUCGUGCUGCUGCUGCACCUGCUGCAGCUUGGGCCCCUCUUCAGGUGUUUUGAAGUCUUUUGCAUCUAUUGUCAGUCAGGCCACAUCGAAGAGCCUUAUGUCAGCAUCACCAAGAAGCGACAGAUGCCAAAAAAUGGCCUCUCAGAGGAGAUUGAAAAGGAAGUAGGCCAGGCAGAGGGCAAGAUGUUCACCCACCGAUCUGCGUUCAGCCGGGCAUCAGUGAUCCAGGCUUUCCUGGGCUCAGCCCCCCAGCUAACCCUGCAGCUAUAUAUAAGCACCUUGCAGCAGCACGUCACUGUUGGACGAUGUGUCUGCAUGUUGCUAUCCUUGUUGUCCAUUGUAUAUGGAGCCUUGCGCUGCAACAUUCUAGCCAUCAAGAUCAAGUAUGAUGAAUACGAUGUCAAAGUGAAGCCACUGGCCUAUGUCUGCAUCUUCCUCUGGAGGAGCUUUGAGAUUGCCACUCGAGUCUUUGUCCUGGUCCUCUUUACCUCUGUCCUGAAGGCCUGGGUGGUACUGGUUGUACUCAUUAACUUCUUCAGCUUCUUCUUUUACCCCUGGAUCCUCUUCUGGUGCAGUGGCUCCCCAUUCCCUGAGAACAUCGAGAAGGCCCUCAGUCGAGUGGGCACUACCAUCGUGCUGUGCUUCCUCACCUUACUUUAUGCUGGUAUCAACAUGUUCUGCUGGUCAGCUGUGCAGCUGAAAAUCAACAGCCCUGACCUCAUCAGCAAGUCCCAGAACUGGUACCGGCUACUGGUGUACUACAUGCUGAGAUUCAUUGAGAACGCCUUCCUCCUCCUUAUGUGGUAUCUUUACAAGACUGACAUCUAUAUGUAUGUGUGUGCACCUCUGUUAAUUUUGAAGUUGCUCAUUGGGUACUGCACAGCCAUUCUCUUCAUGCUGGUAUUCUAUCAGUUCUUCCACCCUUGCAAAAAGCUCUUUUCCUCCAGUGUUUCUGAAAGCUUUCAGCGGUGGCUAAAGUGUAUUUGCUGUCAUUGCCGGUGGCAGAAAUCCUCAGAUUCUGUAGGAAAGGCAGAUGUAAGGUCAUCCGGAGAUAGAGAUGAGACACCUUCUAGCAGUAAAAUAAGUUCUAUGCCUAGCCAGAUCUUGAAUGCUGAUGAUCUCUGCUCUGCUUAAUGGGACCUGAGUCUCUUGGGGCAAAGACAUAUUGUUUUCUGGGUUGAUUACUGUUCUUCAUACAAGUGAUGAGCCCUGCACAGAUAACAAAGCAGGAAGUUAUCUCUCACUUCCUUGUGAGUUGCUUCCCUUUAGAGAGCUCUUGGGUGUGUGGGAACUAUGGAGAGAAGCCAGGGAAACUUCUGAGUGCUAGAGGAGCAGCCUAAGGUACCACCAUUCACAGUCGACCAUGUUCUCCCAGGUGUUACUGGUUUUUUCACUGAAAAAGUACCCAUGAUAUCUGAGUUGAGCUGGUUAGAUGUAUCAGGUAGAAUGAAGUCAGGGGAUUUCUUGUUUUCUAGUUUUCUGGACUUGUGGUCUGGGUAACCUAAUGUUUUAUUAUCCCUGAGCAUAGUUUUCACCCAAGAGCUGGCUUGAUGAUCAGAGAAGAUUACUAGGGUUUUGCCAUUGGCAGCAUCAUUACUGUUAGAGCUUUCAGAGAGGGCUGUUCAAGUUUGGGUUUUGAAUAGACAGGUGUUCCAUUUUCAUUUCCUUAGUGCUCUUUUACCUAAGCAACUGUAGCCACCUUGGUCUGCUAUCUCUAAUUGAUUGAAAAGUCUAGCUUUAGAGACUUUAUACCCAAAGAUCCAUGGAUACAACAUUGAAUUCUAAAUUUGGUUAUGGAAGCCCUAGAAUUUUAGGAAAGUUGUGUGUUCCUUCAAUAUGUUGAAGAAGUUCUGGAGCAAACUUGGGGUUGUUAAAACAACAAAAUGAUGCAGAUUUUUGUGAGCAGAGUACUUAACUUCUCAGGAAGGUCGAAGAUGUGAAUCCACUAGAAGGCAGGCUUAAACCUCUUCAAAACUUAGUCCUGUCCUACAGUUCUGGGAAAUUUCUAGUAUAAUUUGCUAGGAUUUGCCUUUUUAAGAAAGAAGAAAUUAAAACUCAUAGUUUUUACUCCACUUCUUCCUUGCCUGUUAGGAAAGUUGGAGACUUUCUAGAAAACUCUUUUACACAGUACAGGUAUAUAGGACAUUUCAUUUUCUAUUAGUUGAAGAAAAAGGGUUUGUUCUUCCCACAGAGUUAGAUGUUGACUUCAGAAGCUUAAGUUAUAGAAAGUGAUGAAAUGACUAGGAGAUAUUUGUCUUUAACUGAAUGCAUUUUGAUUUGCUGUGAUUAUGAGUUAAUUUGUACAAGGUCUCCAAUGUUAUCCUUCUAUGCUCUCCUAUCUUCAGUAUAACUUCUGAACUCUAUUUGUUUCAUAAAAGGAUUGUGUAGCAUAUCCUCAGUUGUCCUGGGAAAAUGCCUGGAUUUAGUGCCAUCAUUUCUACCAUAAGAACCCUGAUAAUGAAACACCUAGAAGCAGAUGACCUGUCACUAACUAGGCUGGACAUUACAGGUCAGUCAGGGUUGACAGUCUGAAUAGCUGACUGAACUUUCUGACCCAUCCAGUUUCUAACAGCCAGACUGUGAGGGGACGGGUUAAAAAUGGCGAGUUUGGUCAGAAUUAGACAGGGAUGGAGAGACUAGUACUUCCUAGCCUCGGUUUGGAAGCCUGUCUCAAGAACCACUAUAAAAUCUGAGUCUUCAAACAUGUUUUAAGUCAUUUUAAUGUAGAAAAUAGGUAAACAAUUUGAGUGACCGCAAAUCAAACUAACAGUGACAGCCUGUCAGAUUCCCAAAGCCCAAUUAUAAGCCACUUAUAUAAGGACAAAGAGGUUUGGUAACUAAAUUGGACAUUUUAUCAUCUUUAAUCCUUGAUAUACAGAUACCCUUGCUUUGGGGCCAAGUGUGUUCAUUCACUUUGGGGGAGAGAAACCACUGCUUUUUUUCUGUAUGAUGAAAAUUUGUCAUGGUGAACUGAGAAUUUUUGUUUUAAAAUUAUUUAUAUUAUAUCUCUGAAAGGAUAAAAUUAUAGUUCAUACUGCAGAUCUAGGUUGACCUAAAGACAAACAAAUGAGAAAAUUCCCUCUUGUGUUGAGAGUUAAAAUGUGGUUUUCAGUUAGAAUUCCAAUUUUUAAAACUCUCAGUGCUUUGUCUAAUUAAUUAUAUGCCACAAGUUGUCAUGAUAGCUGCUCCAAUUGAAUUACUAUCAUUUGGCUGGAUGGAAGUCAAGUAUUUUCUCAAAAUGUAUUGAAAUAAGAUCAUCAAACAUGUUUAGACUUUCUCUUUUCAUUACUGGAGACAGCACAGUAUACUUGUUAAGCCCUACAAGUUACUUAACUGCUCUAUGCCUCAGUUUCCUCAUCCACCAAAUUUGGAUGAUAUACUUGCCCAGUCUACCUCACAAGGUUGUCAGAAAGAAUAAUAUUAAAUUAUAAAGUGCCAUGUAUAUUGAAGGAGUUGUUAUUAUAGUUAUUCAAAUCCAUAAACAGGUUAUUAUUAUUUUUUUACUGUUAGAAAAGAAACAAGUAGGAUCAUCCACAUGAGUGUCUUGAGUGAAUACAUUGGCCUUUGACCUUAUGAAAGGGCAAGUGUAAGCUGUCUUUACUUUUGGAGAUAACUCAGCCCUUGCCCUUCUCUUACCAUUAGUUGCUUACAAAAAUUAGCACCCAAACACAUAGUUCUUGGAGGGAAAAGACCCACUGCAGUCUGAGAAACUGCUUUUGAUGGAAGAUGAGUUUAUUAUUUUUAUAUCUAUCAUCUUUCAUAAAGGACAUAGCAGCAUCUUUUGGUAAUUUACAGCUUGAAUGCCUGAGACCCUGCUAGACUUUAACUGAAUGUGGGUUUAAUCUUUUCAGUUUCAUAAAUGGGAAAAUAAACAUUAAAAUUGAUUUUCAAAUGCUGCACUUCCUUGGAAACCACCUUGGAAAAUCAGUGCUAUCAUUAUGUGUGUAUGUGUCAGUACUUCUCAGCCAGUAAAUUGUGGAUGUGAGUUUUUACAGGCUGCUUCUCUGCAGCCAUUGAUGCUAAUAAAUAUUGUUUAUGUUUCUA